GACCACCUGAAUCACUCUGCUCAUCGUAUAAAAAGGCUGCUGAUACCCUGAAAGGGUGCAAGCGUCGGCCGCGCCGCCUAUCACGGGAAUCCCUUGACUCGAGCCCUGGGUCCUCAUCUCGCAGACGACGAUGGCCAGCUUGGAGCUGGAGCUCAACGGCAGUCUGGGCUGCAUACUUUUGGUGGGGUUUUUCUCGUUGAUGUUGUACGGCUGUACCUGCGGCCAGGUUCUGUACUACAUCACCCACUACGGUUGGACUGAUCACACGUACAUUACCACCAUCGUGACUCUUAUCUGGAUUUUGGACACAGGCAAAACGAUCGUGGAUAUGAUUUGCGGGUGGGAUCUCCUCGUUCGGAUUCAUGGUGACGCAUUUGCACUGCUGGAAACAUUACCGGGAAUUCUGCCCGUUGAAUUUGUUCUCUCCUGUACAACAAUAUUCAUAGUGCAAUGUUGCUAUCUGCACACUAUAUGGAGAUUCCUCAAGCGAUCACACCACCACCGGCAUUGGCUGCUUUUUAUGUUACCCCCGUUAAUCAUGGCGAUAGUGUCCAUCGGUGCAGGAUUAGUUGGUGCCUCACAGAUCCGCAUGGCGAAGGAUAUCGAUAUGGCAUUGUCGAUAGCCAAGCUAGCGGGGUCCAUUCGUCCCGGAUGCGCUGCGAUCGUCGACAUCUAUAUUACUGUGUGGUUGUGCUAUCACCUGCAGGACGCAAAGACGGGUCAUCACCAUUCCGACACUAUGGUGACCAAACUGGUCGGUUAUGCCAUCACUCGAGGGAUAUGCACGUCUGUCGCACAAGUCUUGGCAUUUGCUCUCUUCCUAGUCGACUCCAAGAACAAGACAUUGUGGUCCAUGAUUUUCUACGUGCCGGCAAGCACCCUCUAUGUCAAUUCUCUUCUCGCUAUGUGGAAUGCUCGGCGUCAUGUUGCACACGCCGGGACUCCAACAACAGCUAGUACGUGGAACGACGCCGACAUAGCACUCGAGGAUCGUUCGGUCAGAUCUUCUAUAGUAGCGCCAUUACGAAGGGCGCGAAUGGCCUUCUCGCGGCCAUCGACUCUGGCAGGGUCGAGCUUCAUGGAGGAUUUCGAGCCCUAAUCAGCAGACAGGAGGUUGCAAUGCAUGGACGCUGGUUUGCUAGCGUAUAAGUACUAUUGUCGGACAGCCUGCUUCUAUCAGUCACAGUCACUCUACAGGGACGUUUGGAAUUGACAAUAAUCGGUCACAAUACAUGGACGAUGUCGAG